AUGGUACCAUACCCCUUUCGAUAUCAAGUAGCUCACGAGGAGAUGGAACUCAGCCGAUACAAAUCCCCUUCGGAUCCAUAUAUACCUCAACAGAGUCGCACCGAAUACGCACAAAGGUACAUAUACGAUGCAGCUUACAUAGACUCAAAUUUACCAAUUAUCAGGCUUCUUAGAUGUCUUCCUAAGCAUAUCGAUAUAGAUAGCUACUAUAUGACAGUUUACCCUGGUGAGCUCUUGGCUUUGUUUAAUGGCUCUGCUACAGUUGGUCUAGUAUCACACAAACCUAGCAUCAGAGACGUUGAGGAAUACGAAGGCUGGGUAUAUGUUGGCCAUUCUGUAGCAAUGCUCCUUAUCGCUCCGAGAUACAAGGAUGGUCUUUUUCAUGCGCUUUCAUUAAAGGAGGUCGAAUCACUUUGA